GGCAAAGCGCGGCAGAUUCAGGUAGUAAAUCCCUGGUCCUCCCUCCUCAACAGUCAGAGGGCUUCCAUACUUCUCUCGUUAGUGUGUUUUUAGCCCUUGCCUCGUUCGUUUCCUCCCAUCCGUAUCGUCAUUAAAAGCCCUUCUGGUCGGCGAAAAGGGAAUCAAUAUGAUUUGAAGAGUCCAACGCGGACAACCGAGGAGGGACGGGGCUCGAGAGAGUGGGUGGAGGCUCUCGCCCUGUGGCUUAUAUGGACCUCCGCCAUCCAGCCAAGUCAAUAUGCGACUAGUGUCGGCUACGUGAGAGAAGCCCGAGUGGCUUCGGCUGGGAGUGGGCUCUCCACGGCGAACGAAACGAGUGCACCGUUUGCUUCCGAGUGGACCUGCCGAGCUGACAACCCCACCGAACGGCAGCGAAACUCCUCGGGGCGGGCGCGACGAUGACCGAACUGGUCUCCAAGUGGGCCUGUGAAUACUGCACCUACGAGAACUGGCCGUCGGCCAUCAAGUGCACCAUGUGCCGCGCGCAGCGGCCCAGCGCGGGCGCCAUUAUCACCGAGGAGCCCUUCAAGAGCACCCCGGCGUUGGACCCCGCCGGCCUCGGCAACAGCCCCACCCAGGGGAGCUCCUCUUUGCUCAUUUGCCCCGACUCCAGCGCGCGGCCCCGCGUCCGCGCCAGCGAUACCCCCGAGACCAGCUCCAAGUGGUCCUGUCACAUGUGCACCUACCUGAACUGGCCCCGCGCCAUCCGCUGCACUCAGUGCCUGUGUCACAGGCAGCACGCUCAGCAGCACGCCAGCCAUCAAGGACAGCCGCGCAGCCCCACCGAGUCGCCCCAGACCUCGGGCUCCGGAUGCCGCCCCGCGCCCUCGUCCACCGUCACCGACCCCUGCGAGGAAUACAACGACCGCAAUCGGCUCAACACGAACGCGCAGCACUGGACCUGCGCCGCCUGCACUUACGAGAACUGGUCAAAGGCGCCCAAAUGCGUCGUGUGCGACCACCCGCGGCCCAAUCACGGCCUGCUCGCCGAACCCAUCGAACUGGCGUCCGAGCCCGAGCGGCAGCAGCUGUCGUCGAAGUUUAUCGAUGCCGACAGGGGCAACAGGCGGUGCGUCGGCAGCGGCGUGGGGGGCCAGGGGGUCGGCGGCGUGGCGGGUUUGGUCGGGGGCUGCAGCACCAGCCAGAGGAGGUCGCCGCCUUCCUCCAAACGCGAGUCGGAGGUGAACAUGGACUUUCAGAGGAUCGAGGUUGCGUCGGGGGCCGGGGUUGGGAGUAAAGAAGAGCUCGAGGUGGAUUUCAAAAAGCUCAAGCAGAUUAAGAACAGAAUGAGAAGGAUGGAUUGGCUUUUCCUCAACGCCUGUGUUGGCGUGGUGGAGGGCGACCUGGCGGCCGUGGAGACCUACAAGACGUCGGGGGGCGACAUCGCGAGGCAGCUGUCGUCCGACGAGGUGCACCUGCUCCACCGCCCGUCGGCGUUCGACGUGGGCUUCACGCUGGUGCACCUCGCCAUCCGCUUCCAGCGGCAGGACAUGCUCGCCGUGCUGCUCACCGAGGUGUCACAACAGGCCGCCAAGUGCAUCCCGGCGAUGGUGUGUCCCGAGCUGACGGAGCAGAUCCGCCGCGAGGUGGCCGCCUCCCUCCACCAGCGCAAGGGGGACUUCACCUGCUACUUCCUCACUGACCUGGUCACCUUCACCUUGCCCGCAGAUAUUGAGGAUUUGCCCCCAGCCGUUCAGGAAAAGCUCUUUGACGAGGUUUUGGACCGAGACGUACAAAAAGAGCUGGAGGAGGAGUCUCCCAUCAUCAACUGGUCGCUGGAGCUCGGGACCCGGCUGGACAGCCGGCUCUACGCCUUGUGGAACCGCACGGCCGGGGACUGCCUGCUGGACUCGGUGCUGCAGGCCACCUGGGGCAUCUACGACAAGGACUCGGUCCUGCGCAAGACGCUCCACGACAGCCUCCACGACUGCUCGCACUGGUUCUACACGCGCUGGAAGGAAUGGGAGUCGUGGUAUUCGCAAAGCUUCGGCCUGCACUUUUCCCUCCGGGAGGAGCAGUGGCAGGAAGACUGGGCCUUCAUCCUGUCGCUGGCCAGUCAGCCGGGGUCCAGCUUGGAGCAGACUCACAUUUUCGUCCUCGCGCACAUACUUCGGAGGCCCAUCAUCGUCUACGGAGUGAAGUACUACAAAAGUUUCCGUGGGGAAACGCUCGGGUUCACUCGCUUUCAAGGCGUGUACCUGCCUCUGCUGUGGGAGCAGAGCUUCUGCUGGAAGAGCCCCAUCGCACUCGGCUACACGCGCGGCCACUUCUCGGCCCUGGUGGCCAUGGAGAACGACGGAUUCGACAAUCGCGGCGCCGGCGCCAACCUCAACACGGACGACGACGUCACCGUCACCUUCCUGCCGCUCGUCGACAGCGACCGCAAGUUGCUGCACAUCCACUUCCUCUCUGCGCAGGAAAUGGGCAACGAAGAGCAGCAGGAGAAGCUGCUGCGCUCGUGGCUGGACUGCUGCGUGACGGACGGCGGCGUGCUGGUGGCCCUGCAGAAGAGCUCGCGCAGACGCAACCACCCGCUCGUCACGCAGAUGGUGGAGAAGUGGCUGGACGGAUACCGGCAGAUACGCGCCUGCGCCGCGCUCUCCGAUGGCGAGGAGGAGGACGACGACGACGACGAGUGAGCGCUCGCUCGCCAGUUGGGACUUUGGGGCAAACUGUGACGGGCGCGGAAAAUAAAAAGGUUUACAAAUCCAAACCCACCCUUUCCCCCGCCCCCCACCUCCCAUUUGUAUCUCCACCGUGACGGAUUUGCUCCAUGUCAACGCAUGGAUGGAAAGCCCCUUUGAAGCAUUCGGUCCACAAGCCGAGGCUCCGUGUACCUUCUUUGUCCUCACGAGUAAGACAAUUCAGUGCGCUGGUUGAACAAACGGGGUGCAUGAGGAGAACAACCGUGUCUUACUAGUGAUGUUUGUUUGUUUUUUUUUUUUUUUUUUUACACUGUGCGCUACCACUUUCGGGUUUUUCAUCCUACCCGUCACACUAUUUGGCCCAUACUUGCCGCUUGAGCAUUUAUUUGUUAUCCAUCUUAAGGUCCGUGCACUCCUUCGCCCUUUUGCUCCGACCAGUAAGACAGUCUAGCGCGCUUAGUGGAGCGAACAUGUCUUACUAGUACAAA